AUGUCGUGUCUACCUCUUAUGCUGCCCAUCGAGAUCCGCUUUCGUAUCCUCACCCAUCUACAUCUCACACUCUCCGCCUCUUUACUCGGAUCGCUCAAUCACAGCUUACAGAGCGCCCUCGAUGACCUUUGUGAUAGCUGUAAAGCCUAUAAUCUUCACGUCUACGGUCCAAACGUGUCAGACUGGCCUGAAAUAAGGGUCACUGGCGGUUGUUGGUGCGCCAAAAUCGGAGGGCACCAGCGGCCAGAGAUCGCUCGUGCUCGUGAUCGGUGGAACUCCGAUGCAUGCGUCGAUGCCAAAAUCCGCUCCCCAUUAGCUGACUAUGAUCCGCCGCCCUACUUCAUAUUUCAUUUGCGUCAAGUUGCCGCAACAUAUCUGUCGACUACCUCACCCUCGCUUUAUACGCGUGAAAUAGAAGCGAUGAUAACAUCGCGUGCCGGUGCCAAGGAGGUUGAUGCUUUAGUCUGGAAGGUCCUGCGACACUUUCAAUGCUGCGUCGUUCCUUCAAAAACGAGAGCAUGGAAACUAGAAGACGAGCUUUGCAUCAUUCCCAUCUCUGAAAGACCCUCCGAAGGCUCCUCAAAUGAUGAGAUAUUGUGCGCUCUCCAGCUUGCUCUAGACCUCAACCGGCACCGCGACUUUGUAUCACAUUCAAAGCUAAAUCCUCGGAAUAUGAUGCUCACUCCCCCCUUAAUAUCCAAUUCCCCUGGUGAGGGCUUCACUUCGUUCCUAUUCGAGACGCUUAUAUUCAAAUACCAGGUCUAG